UGUGUGUGUGCGAGUGUGUGUGGGGGUGCACAUUGGGGCACUUUUCUCUGAUUUUUCUACCCUGACUUGUUAUCCCAGAUUCUUCGCAGAUGUUAGUACACAGUUUUUCAGCUAUGGAUCGUCACGAUGGCACCAGCAAUGGGACAGCCCGGUUACCCCAGUUGGGGUCUGUAGGUCAAUCUCCCUACACCAGCGCCCCUCCACUCUCCCACACCCCCAACGCUGACUUUCAGCCCCCAUAUUUCCCUCCUCCUUAUCAGCCCAUUUACCCCCAGUCUCAAGAUCCUUAUUCCCACGUUAAUGACCCCUAUAGCCUGAAUCCCCUCCAUGCCCAGCCUCAACCCCAGCAUCCAGGAUGGCCAGGACAGAGACAAAGCCAGGAGGCCGGGCUCUUACACACACACCGAGGGUUACCCCACCAGCUAUCCGGCCUGGACCCUCGUAGGGAUUACCGGCGGCAUGAGGAUCUACUGCAUGGACCCCAUGGGCUCAGCUCAGGACUAGGAGACAUUCCUAUCCAUUCGAUACCUCAUGCUAUAGAAGAUGUACCGCAUGUAGAAGACCCGGGUAUUAACAUCCCAGAUCAAACUGUAAUUAAGAAAGGCCCCGUGUCCCUCUCCAAGUCUAACAGCAACGCCGUCUCCGCCAUCCCCAUCAACAAGGACGCGCUCUUCGGCGGGGUGGUGAACCCCAACGAGGUCUUCUGCUCCGUGCCGGGCCGCCUCUCCCUGCUCAGCUCCACCUCCAAGUACAAGGUCACGGUGGCGGAAGUGCAGCGACGCCUCUCCCCGCCCGAGUGCCUCAACGCGUCCCUGCUGGGCGGGGUGCUCCGGAGGGCAAAGUCUAAAAAUGGAGGGCGAUCUUUGAGAGAAAAACUGGACAAAAUAGGAUUAAACCUGCCAGCCGGGAGACGUAAAGCUGCUAAUGUCACCCUGCUCACAUCACUAGUGGAGGGAGAAGCAGUGCAUCUAGCUAGAGAUUUUGGGUACGUCUGUGAGACAGAAUUUCCUGCCAAAGCAGUUGCUGAAUUUCUCAACCGACAACAUUCCGAUCCAAAUGAGCAAGUCACAAGAAAAAACAUGCUUCUAGCUACAAAACAGAUCUGUAAAGAGUUCACCGACCUGCUGGCUCAGGACCGAUCUCCCCUGGGGAACUCUCGGCCCAACCCUAUCCUGGAGCCAGGCAUCCAGAGCUGCCUGACCCACUUCAACCUCAUCUCUCAUGGAUUCGGCAGCCCUGCGGUGUGCGCCGCUGUUACCGCCCUGCAGAACUAUCUCACCGAGGCGCUCAAGGCCAUGGACAAAAUGUACCUCAGCAACAACCCCAACAACCACACAGACAACAGCACCAAAAGCGGCGACAAAGAGGAGAAGCACCGAAAGUGAGGAUUUCCCCCCUUCCUGCAUCCAUCCAUCCAUCCAUCCAUCCAUCCCCCUCCUAGCUCCCUCCCUCCCUCUCCAAUCACCCCAGGCUGCAGCAACAAAAUCAAUGCCCUUCUGCCCAUCCUGUUCUCUAACUCUGCAGGACUACGCUGUCCUUCCUCCCUUCCAGCCUUCAGCACUUCAUUUGCUCCCAGUUACUUCCCCAUACCUCCUUACCCCGGUUUGGAGCCUGAGAGAACAGAAAUGGGUGAUGGAGCCAGCAAAGAAAAAAGUUCUGUCUGAAUUUGUGAACUUUAAAACAAAAACAAAAACAAAAAGGAAAAAAAUCAAAAAAGCAAAACAAAAAGAAAAGGAACAUUUUCUAAAAAUAUAUAAAAAGACAUAAAAACAAAUUAAUAAAUAAUACUAAAAUAUAAAUCUAUGAGCUUCAUCGGACUGAAUCACCAACUCCCCUUGCAUAAACUUCAGUUAAGAUUGUAGCCAUAUUAAAAAAACAAAACAAAAAUAAACUUAAAGAAAAACAAAAGGCAAAAAGGAUUGAUGACAUUUUAUCAGUAUUGUGAAUAAACUUGAACACAAAACACACGCAAUUCCAUGUCAUGUCUUCAGUUGUAGAACUUUUUCCUGUUCAAGGUAAAGCGACCAACUUGAACUUUCUAUUGCGACACGAUUCACAGUUAUUAUAUAAGGGAAUCAGUGUUUAUGUAUGUAUAUAUUUAUUUAUGUGUAAUUUAAUGGGAACUGUAAAUAUGGUGAGUCUGUUUUAAGCCUUUUUUUAUUUAUCUGGUGAUCUUGUUUACCUCUUGUUUAGUGGGUUUUAAAUCUUCCCUUCUUAGUUCAUCAUGUGGUUCAUGGUACUUAUUUAGAAAUCAGAGGUUUUUUUGUUUUGUUUUGUUUUUCUCUGGGAUUCAUCAUUUUUUAACCCUAUUGUAGCAUGUUAAAGGCGACAGUGAAGCAGCUAAACAAACAAAAGAAAAUAGAAUUUUUAUAUAUAAUUAGUAUUACAUUUAGUUUCUCAUUGAAAAAGAAAAAAAAUAAAGUGAUGUUGGAUCCAGGCAAGAUUUUUAAACGUUAGUGGUUUUACAACUAUUGCGUGUUGUGGAAAAAAAAAGUUCAUUUUCACCCACUGUCCUCCUGAAAGUAUCAUCAGAGCAAUAAAUUAAUAUUGUCUUUUAGAUCAAGGUUUAGUUUUUUUCUUUUCUUUGCCCUUUUUUCCCCCCCUCAAAGAACUUCAAAUAUUUGGGACCACCUGGUAUCCUGUAUUUCCACUGGCCAUAUUGGAAGCAGUUAUAGUUGUAUUGUAUUGAGUUGUGCUGGCAGUAGUUUCCAUGCCUGUCAAUGUAUCAUAGUCCUUUGUUGCCCAGAUAAAUAAAUAUUUGAUACGCUUUAUGUCGAUUUUUUUAUUCAGUGGCUGUCUUUACCCAGGCGUAUUUUUGUUCUUGGCAGUAUUUUUUAUUCAGUAUGGUUACAGUAAUUGAGUUUAACUCUCCCUUGACAAUUGCUCUUUGCAAUAAGCAGCUGAACCCAUUGUUUCCCUCAAGUAUAAUAAAAACUUACUUUCAACUUGGAGUUCAGAGCAGGGUAUCAUUUAGAUACUCCACUGAGUCUGUAUUCAGACAAAUGACACAAUAAAACACAA